AUGGAAGAACGAAAGGAGCCUGAUUUAUUAGUUAUCUAAGAGAAUUUAUAGAAAAUAAGGAAAUAAUUAGAAAGUGUAUAUGGGAAUAUAGAAAAUCAGGUCAAGAUAGAAUAGCCAUUAUAAAUACUUGAUAAUAUGGAUUUUUAUAGAGAGACAUAGUUAAUUGAUUUUGUUUCUAAAGUAGGAAGAUAAUUUAGAAUGAAUAGUUUAUUAAAUAAAGAUCACAUAAAUAAGAGAUUGAAUAAUGGUGAUGAUGGAUUAUCUUUGAAUGAAUUCUUUUAUACAAUUUUACAAAGUUAUGACUUUGCAUAUUUGAAUAAUAAAUAUGAUUGUACUUUACAAAUAGGAGGUAGUGAUUAAUGGGGUAAUAUUACAAAUGGUUGUGAUUUCGUAAAGAAACAAUAUAAGAAGUAGGUAUAUGGGAUAACAACUCCUUUAUUGACAGAUAAGAAUGGAUAUAAAUUUUGGAAGAGUGAAGGGAAUGCAUUAUUUUUGGAUGUGAAUUCUAAACACAAUAUGAAAUAAUAUUUAUUGAAUUUAGCAGAUGAUUCAAUAAGAGAUUUUUUAUUGAUGUUGACAUUCUUAAAUAAGGAUUAAAUUGAUAGUAUUAUGGAAUAACAUAAGUAGAGUCCUUAGAUAAGGAUAAAUGUUUGAAUGAUGAAUUAUUAAAGAUGAUUUAUGGAGAUGAGAAUUCUGCUGAAAAGAACUAAAUACUGUAUGGAUUAAGAAAAGAUAGAUUAUUGAAUAUGAGUGUAUUAGAAUUUGAGAGAUUAGCUAAUGAAAUAGAUAAGGAUGUAGUAAUAAGAGUAUCAAAGUAGACAAAAAUGAUAGAAGUAUUAUUGAAAUUAAGAUCAUCGAAGUCAGAGAUUCGGAGAUUAUUAUAAUAAGGAGGAAUAUUAAUUAAUGAUUAAAAAGUUGAUUAGUUAGAAUAGGUUUAAUUGAUAUAUGAUAAAUAUAUGUUAUUAAGGAUUGGUAAAAGGGAUGUGAGAUUAUUAAUAUUCAUUUGA